AGGGUACCACUUUGUCACAGACUGCUAUGUAGAUUAACCUUUCAAUUAGUUAUUAUCAGGUCCGCUCUGCCACCGCGAGAAUUGCUGUGUGUGUUCAAACAGAGUAUUGGAAAGCCGUGAGGAUUAAUCCUUUGAUGGUUACGUUUUGGGGGGGCUUUCAAUCAUCGUGUUAAUGAAGAGAGGUCUCGAGGAGGAAAAAACUUGAAAAGGCAACAUCAGCAGCAGACAGCAGCAGUGCACUUCGCAACCUCACUCCUAAAUUUCAAGCUGGAAGAAACUGUAGUUUGAGUUACAUUGGAAUGAAUGCAAAGAGGAUGGGAAAGACUUCCUUAAUUCUGCUCUUCCGGAUUCUAGGCUUCCCAAUGGAUUUACAAAAUGUGUGUGCACAAGCUCAUUGUUAGAUGAGGAUCCGCACUAUUAAGGAAUUAUCUUCAAAUCUGCAUUCAUCUUCAUCACCAUAUCUUGGAAUUACUUACAAGAAAAAAAUGUCUUGAUUACACUUUUGGUCUAACACCACCAAUUGCGUUUUUUUCUGAGGAUGUUAUAACCGCCUUGCGUUUUUUGGUUGUUUGUCGGAAGCAAAGCAGCUAAGCAGUACGGAAUAAUAAUAACUUUGGAGAUUUUCAUAAAUGGAUCAUUCGUACGCCCUUCGUUGCUGCCGCGCCGCCACCACCGCCGCCGCCCAGCCAUGGUAAAGCUCGCCAACCCUCUGUACACGGAGUGGAUUCUCGAGGCGAUACAGAAGAUCAAGCGGCAGAAGCAGCGGCCCUCGGAGGAGCGGAUAUGCCACGCCGUCUCCACGCUGCACGGCCUGGACAAGAGGACCGUCCUCGAGCAGCUGGAGCUGGCCGUCCAGGAUGGCGCUGUGCUCAAGGUCACCAACAAGGGCAGCGCCUCCUACAAAGACCCCGGCCUGCCUGGGCGGCUGGCGGCCACAUCGGCAUCAGCAGCGGUAGCGGCAACAGCAGUCCCCAACAACAAUCAUGGGGUGGUCAAGCAGCACACUGCUGCCUUGCAGUCCGCUAACACCACCUCCACCGCCAUGACCACCACCACUGCUGCGGUCACUCCAGCCGUUUGUACCAACACCAUCACCACCAACACCACUGGCACAGGUGGUGGUUCCAAUGGUGGUUCUAACAGCAAGGGAUCUACCCUGAGUUCUUUGAGCGACCUGCGGCACAUCGACUGGAAUAAGGUGCUGCGGCGGGCCGUGGAAGGGCUGGACGACGCGCACGGCUCCUCGCUGAAGAACAUGGAGCGCUACCUGCGGAACCAGGAGGACCUGGUGCACGUCAUCGCCAACCCGGCCUUCCAGCAGCGCCUGAGGCUGGCCGCCAAGCGGGCGGUGAGCAGCGGGCGCCUGGUGAAGGACGGCCCGCGCUACCAGCUCAGCGGCCGCGGCGGUGACGCCAAGGCUGGAGUUGGGGGAACCGGGGGAGCAGUGCCAGCUGUGGCAGUGACGACGACGACGACCACACUGACCAUGAACCGCGCUGGACCCCUCUAUGCCCCUUCAUCACCCCCGGCCACCAUCACCCUGCUUCCCCACGAGAGAGAUCAGACUCGGGCUGACCCUAUUCCCAUCUGCAGUUUCUGUCUGGGAACAAAGGAGUCCAACCGGGACAAGCGACCCGAGGACCUGCUCUCCUGCGCGGACUGCGGAAGCAGUGGUCACCCGACGUGCCUGAAGUUCUCGGCCGACCUGACGGCCAACGUCAAGGCCUUGAGGUGGCAGUGCAUCGAGUGCAAGACCUGCAGCUCGUGUCGAAUACAGGGCAAGAAUGCCGACGAGAUGCUGUUCUGCGAUUCCUGUGAUCGGGGUUUCCACAUGGAGUGCUGUGAUCCUCCCAUAUCUCGAAUGCCAAAAGGAACAUGGGUGUGUCAGGUGUGCAGGCCGAGGGGAGGGAGUCGCAUGCUGCUGCACCGGAAAGCCGAUCAGAUCCGCCGACGCUAUGCCAAGCCGGUGGGACGGCCACGCAAGAAACUCAAACAGAGAAUGUGCGACCUGCUGGUGGGUGACGUCUCCGAGGCUGCUGCUGCUGUGCUGGCGGCGGCGGUGGCGGCAGGAAGUGGGGAGUCACCUGGUAGGGCUCCAAAGAUCUGUCCUACAGCCACCACCACCACCACCACCACUUCCACACCCACCUCCUCCUCCUCCUCCUCCUCCUCAUCAUCUGCUCCCCACCCUGCCGCAUCCACCAGGACCAGGGACCCUAGGGACCACCCCCACCUCCCCAGAGCCAGACCCCUAGAGGCCCUUAAUGCCGCACACGUUACCACCCCUCCCCCAUCCUCCUCCCCCACCUCCUCCUCCUCUUCCGUUUCCUCCUCCUCCUCCUCCUCUUCCUCUUCCCACACUCCGUCUCCGUUCUCAGCCACCAAAGUCUCUGCUGCCUUCGACGGCACGUCCAGGUCCGCCUGCGUUACUGUGGCGACGACACAAUCACAAUCAUCAUCAUCCUCCUCUCCACCUCCUCCUCCUCCUCCUUCAUCGUCGUCCGCCAUCUUGGACAUCACCGCCCCUUCGUCUUCCUCCUUCUCCUCUCACAAGAGACCCCGCGGCCUUAUCGACGGCCUGUCCAAGUUCUUUACGCCCUCGCCCAGGGGUCGGAGGUCGCGUCUCGACCAGGCGGACCAGCCCCACCAGACGACACCGUCGCCCCCCACCAAACACCAACACCACCACGGUGUCCCCCACCAAAAAAUCUCCCACCCGCACGUGGGGCGCCCGCGUAAGAACCCCCCCCAACCCCAACACACAUCAUCCCUCGCGCACACACACUCCCACACCCAUCAUCCACAUCCGCAUCCUCACCACCCCCAUCCUCCUCCUUCCCAUCCCCAGGGGCCAGGCGCUUGCUCCGAGUCCUUUCUCGAGUUUGGUGCGUUGGCGUCAAAAGCGGCGGCUAUCACAACAGGUGACGUUCCCGCCUCCCUAAUAACAACAACAACAGGUAUGCCCGGCUUUGUCCCCACCUCCUCGAGUACCAAGUGCCCAAGCUCCAGCUCCAGCUCCAGCUCCAGCCGGAGUUCGAGCCCGACUCCGAGUCCAAGUCCAAGUCCGAGCCUCACCCGGUGUCACUCCCCACCUCCGUCCUCUCCUCCUACCCACCCCCAGACGCCCAGCCCCAGCCCCAGCCCCUCUCCGAGCCCCCCGACGCUGCCCAACAGCGGGCCUGCCCCCGGCUCCCCGCAGAGCUCGUCCAGCCAGUCCAGCGCCCCCUCCCUCGGCAGCCUGUCGGCCUGCGGCAGCAACCAGCUCAAGGGCCUGUUUGACGGACUCUCCCACAUCUUCACCGCUCAGGGACAGUCGCGCAAGAAGAAGGCGCUGCCAUGCUACGCCGAGUCCCGGCGGGCUCACCGCAAGGGCCAGGCCACCCAAGCCCAACAACAAUCCCAGAUGCAACCCCAAGCCGAGCACCACAAUCAGCCCACCCCAUCGCACCAUCAUCCACAGACCCAGCAUCAGUCCCACUCCCACUCUCACUCCCAUGCCCAGUUCCAGGCUCAUUCCUCGGUGCCCACGUCGCCCCACUUCCACCCCCACCAGCUAGCGCUUUCCCAGGCAUCAACAGUAGGGAACCCGCCCCUGGCAGCAUUAGGAGCCAGGAAACAGUGCAGCAGCAGCAGCAGCGGUGGCAGCGAUGCAAAGAGCAGAGCAGCAGAGCAACACCUCUCCUAUCACUCCCAUCACCACAACCAUCAACGCCACAGUCACAGCCACAAUCACCCUCACCCCCAUCCCUCCUCCUCCUCGCCUGUGUCGCCGCCCAGGGGGCGUCCCUUUAAGGCCGGGGGCCGUCACAGACAUAGCGGCUACCUUAAAAGUCACCGCUCGCUAGGCAGGUUAAAAUGCAAAGCGGAGCCCGUUACGCCCGUAGAGCACGCUCCCGGUCUCUCUCCCACCCCCACCCCCACCCCCACCCCCGCUCCUGCCCUGUGGGGCGUCACGGAAAGCCCGGCACAGGCCAACACACUGAGCAGCGGACGAGUUAAACCAGAGAGCCUCGAUGAGAGGGCCGCCCCCCAGAGGCCAGAAGAUCAUCAGCAGCAGCAGCACCACCACCUUCAUCAUCACCACCACCACCACCACCAUCAGAUGGCCCCGCUGCAGCCUGUGGCGGUGUCCAGGGAGCACGUCACCGAGGAGGAUGUGGAGAUCUUCAGGCGGGUCCAGGAGCUCUCUUCACAGAGAACGGGGAGUAUGAACAGCAGCGACUCCUCUGGUCGAACCCCAGCGCUCAUCGAGUUUGGAAAAUACGAGAUCCAGACGUGGUACUCCUCACCAUACCCACCCGAGUACUCCCGGUUGCACAAGCUGUACCUGUGUGAGUUCUGCCUGAAGUACAUGCGGAGCAAGAACAUCCUGCUGCGGCACGUCAGGAAGUGUGGCUGGUUCCACCCGCCCGCCAACGAGAUCUACCGCAAGGAGCACCUCUCCGUCUUCGAGGUUGAUGGCAACGUGAGCAAGAUGUACUGCCAGAACCUCUGCCUGCUGGCCAAGCUCUUCCUGGACCACAAGACCCUCUAUUACGACGUGGAGCCCUUCCUCUUCUACGUGCUCACCAGGAACGACCAGAAAGGCUGCCACCUCGUCGGCUACUUCUCAAAGGAGAAGUUGAGUCAGCAGCAGUACAAUGUGUCGUGCAUCAUGAUCCUCCCCCACUACCAGAGGCAGGGCUACGGACGCUUCCUCAUCGAUUUCAGCUACCUGCUGUCGCGGCGUGAGGGCCAGGCGGGCUCCCCGGAGAAGCCUCUGUCUGAUCUGGGCCGGCUGUCCUACGCCUCGUACUGGCGCAGCGUCCUCCUGGAGCAGCUGCACGCACUGGACCAGCACGAGAGGGAGCGGCGGCUGAGCGUCAAGGGCCUCAGCAGAGCCACGGGCAUGUGUCCACACGACAUCGCAGCCACCCUGCACACACUCAGCAUGGUGGACAAGCGCAACGGCAGGUUUGUGAUUGUGCGGAGAGACGAGCUGAUCCGUGACCACAUGGAGAGGCUGAGGGUCUGCCCACGGGUCAACGAGGUCGACCCCGCCUACCUGCGCUGGUCGCCCACGGUUACGCUCAAGACCGCCCCCUCGGAAGAGGAGAGGGAGGCUGAGAUGGAUGUGGAGCAUCUGACUGCAAGGGCCGGCUGCUGGGUGAAGGAAGAGCAAGACUCUGCUUCCACCACCACCACCACGUACGGCGGCCACAGCCACCUGGGUACCCUCCACCACCACAGGCCCCUGGCCAAGAUGCGCAGCAAGAACCCACACCGGCCCUCAGACCACCGCACCUCCACGGCCACCAUCACCACCCGUAGCAGCGAAGACGAGGACAGUGAAGAGGAGGAGGACGAAGAUGAGGAGGAUGAAGAGGAAGAUGAGGAGGAUGACGAUGAGGAGGAGUAUGACAGCUCCCCGCCCGUUCUCACCAAAGCACAGGUCAUGUUCGGGGCCAAGAGAAAGAAACCCAUUGCCCUCAAGAAGAAACGCGGCCGCAAGCGCAAGCGCAUCAACAGCAGUGUCACCACGGAGACCAUAUCCGAGACGACGACGGAGGUCCUGAACGAGCCCUUCGAGAACGAGCCCUCCGAGGAGGAGGACGAGGAGGAUGAGGAAGAGGAGGAAAGGCCCAUGCCAUUGCUGGAGCGUUCUGCGCGGCUUGGAGACAUGAGCGAGGAAGACGACAACGAAGAUGAUGAUGAUGAUGAUGUGGAAGAUGAGGAGGAGGAGGAUGAGCAACGGCAUCAUCCGCAACAACAACAUCAUCAUCAUCAUCAUCGGCGGCGACAGCAGCAUCAUCAGCAGUAUAGAGAUGAAGAUCUCGCACCUGCGAGUCCCGUCGCACAGCAGCCCACCAAGAAGCGGCGGGGGCGACCGCGACUGGUGAAGACCGAGGAGGAGAGCGGCAGUCACAUAAACGAAGGUUUCGACAUCCCCAUCCCAAAGAGAGCAGGGAACCCCCGUCUGCCCAAGCGCAAGAAGGGCUGGCCGAAGGGGGUGAAGCGCGGCCCGCCAAAAUGGCGGCUGAAGAAGGAGGGCACCAAGUCGGGCUUCAAGCUGAACCUGUACACGCCGCCCGAGACGCCCCUGGAGGCUGACUACCACAUCGCAACCGAGGAACCACGACUCCUCGCCGUCGGAGCUGCGGUGGCGGCGGUGGGACAGAGGGUCAGCGGAGUUGGAGGACUCGGGGAACACAACGACCCACCGGAUGAUGAGGAGCCCCCAACGAUCACAGAGGAGGCCAGUGAGCCAGGAACUGGUCCAGGGUCAGUGGAGACGGAUAUGGAUGCUGAUGCUGAUGCUGAUGCAGAUGCUGAUGCGGAUGCAGACAUGGACGCGGAUGGGGAUGGGGAUGGGGAUGCAAGCAGGGUCCAGUCACCAGAACCCCAGACCCCGCUAGCUGAGCCCCUUGUCAGCCAAAGGGGGUCACCGGAGGACUCUCCUGUAAGGCAGGAGGAGGAGGAAGAAGAUGAGGAGGAGGAGGAGGAUGAUGACGAGGAUGAGUACGAUGAAGAAGAACAGGAGGAGGAGGAGGAGGAGGAGGAGAAGGAAACACAGAUGCAGUCAGUGGCUGCCUCGCCAGAGCAGCAGCAGGAUGAGGAAGAAGAAAAGGAGGUAGAGGAGGAGCGAGAGGAGGAAGAGGAGGAGGAUGAAGAUGAUGAAAAAGAGGAGGAGGAGGAAAAGGAGGAGCAAGAAAGGGAGAGGCCGACGGUAGACUCAAGGCAGGUUUCACCAGAGAGGGUGGAUGAAGAGGAGGAGGAGGAGGAAGAGAAUGAGAAUGAGGAAGAGGAGGCUGGAGAUGAAGAACAAAAGUGCAAUGAUUUGCACGAGAAAAAGCUCGAGCAAGAUCAGGAUGCAGACGACGAAGAUGACCGUCAUAAAGAUUCCUCUUUGGCUUUAGCAGAGAAAAAACAGGAAGAGGACCAGGAAGACGAAGAGGCGGCUGAAGACAGCAGUCCAAAGCAGCGCUCUGACUACGCUCCGGACUUCAUAGCUCCCAGCGAACCCAGCAGCCCUGCUCCUGCUCCAGAAGAAGAAGAAGAAGCAGAAGAAAACACUCCGGCUAUUCCCAACAACUCCGCUUCCCCGUCCCCAGCCUCUCCCUGCAGCAGCAGUCCCGGUAUUCCGGAAGAACCGGAGGAAGAGCCUGAAGCUACGAGAUCCAACUUCAAGCCUCCUGCGGAGUCCGACCCUGAAGAUGAAGAAGAGGAAGAGGAAGAGGAGGUGGAGAACCAUAACAAGAACCAGCAAGGUGAGCACAGUUCCCUGCAACUGGAGGAGGAGGAGGAAAUGGAGGAGAGGCCGCCCCCUGCACCCAGCCCUCCAAUCACAACACAGGAGGAGGAGGAGGAGGAGGAGGAGGAAGAGCAGGAGGAUCCUUCGUCCAUCUGCCCGGAGACUGACUCUGAGACGGCGCAGGCGGUGCAAGCCCUUACCCAGGAGGCCGAGCGGCAGCAGCAACACCAGCAGCAGCAGCAGCACCAAGGAGACGAGGACGAUGGCGAGGGCGAGAUGUAUGCCGACUGCUCCGAGACGCAAGAGGCCUGCCGCAGCCUCCAGACGCACUACGCCCAGCUGGAGCGCAGCCCUGCACCCCCGACCUCUGCGCAGACCACCGCCGUCCUCGACGACUAUUCGCACUCGGAGCGCGGGAGCCCCAUGUCCUCCGUCCCGUCCUCCCACCCCAGCCAGUCGGUACGCUCGGCCAGCAGUCCGGUCAUCACCAUCCUAGAAACGGCCGGCUACACCCAGAUCAGCCCGGAGCAGCACGGCGGAAGUAACAACAACAACGGUAGUAACGGUAUCGGCAAUAACGGCAACAGCAAUGCCGCUAACACUAACCGGGACAACGGUACCGGCGGUAGCAACAACAACAACAGCGGGCCGAUCCCCUCCAUCCCCUCCCUCGCCAUGGAGACCAGCCCCAUGAUGGACGUGCCUUCCGUGUCGGACCACUCGCAGCAGGUGGUGGACAGCGGCUUCAGCGACCUGGGCAGCAUCGAGAGCACCACGGAGAACUACGAGAACCCCAGCAGCUACGACUCCUCGCUGGGCACGGCGACCACCGGCGCGGCCUCCGGAGGCGGCGGUGGUGGUGGUGGUGGAGCUGGAGGACCCCCGGGGAGCGGAUCUGGUGGCUCGUCCCAGAGUAGCUGCUCUUUCGGGGGCAUGGUCAUGGGGGGUCCCGGCGGCGGCCCUGGUGCUAGCAGCUGCGUGGUGGUGGGCCAGCAGAUGGUUGGCAUGAUGCCCGCCGCUGGGAGUCUGAGUUCUCCUCAGCACUGUAUUAGCAGCGUCAAGUCUCCGCAGGGGUGUGUGGUGGUGGUGGAAAGGCCGCCGAGUAAUAGCCAACAUGGUGGCGGUGGCGGUAGUGGUGGGGGUGGGCCACAUCAUCACCACCCCCACCAUAUUGGACACCCACACACACACUCCUACUCGCACCCACAUCCUCACACGCAGCACGGUGGUGGUGUCCCUCAUGGAGCCCAGAACGUGGGACCACACGGCGGACUGCACAGCCACACGGCGGCCACACACCCCCACGCUCAGCACGCUUUGCACAGUCACCUGAUCCAACACGGGCAGCACCCGCAACACCAUCAACCACACCCACACGGACAUCCACAUGCACACCCACACAUGCACACACACCACCCAGCACAACACACAGUCCACAAGGCACCACCAACACACCAUCCACAUCCACAUUCGCACCCGCACCUGCACCUGUCCCAAGGGGGGCCUCCCCCAGUCCAGCACCCCGGGGCUGCAGCAGCGGCAGGAGGUGGUAGACCCCAUGGGCCUAGCCCCACCCCCCCAGGGCCCAGCCACUCCGCUCAACACACCCCCCACCACCAAGGAGGACCUCCAUCCCAACAGCAGCAACAACAACAACAACAAGGGACUUUGCACGUCCCGCAUACAGGACAGGCGCAGACGCAUCCGCAGUCCCAUGGGGCUCACGGACCACACGUGAGCAGUCGAGCCCAAGCGCAGCAACAACAGCAGCAGCAGCAGUCACAGCAGCAGCACUCGCAUAAUCAGCUAUCUCACAGCAGCACACCACAGACGCCCCAUCGACAACACCAUCACCACCACCAUGGCGCCAGCCUGAGUCACACGACGCAACACACACCCCACCCUCCUCCUCCUCCUCCGUCAUCAUCAUCCUCAUCGUCAUCCUCGUCAUCAUCGUCCCAACACGCCCAUGCCCAACGCGCUGCAGCUGCCCAGCAUCACGGCCAGGAACACGGACACGGACACGUGCACGGGCCUCCACACACACAGCUGCACCACCACCAUCCAACGCAGCAGCAGCAGCAGCAGCAGUGCGGCCCUGGCCCUGGCCCCGGCCCCGGCUGCGGCAGCCUUGCCUCCAGCUUCCCCAGCCCCAUGCAGCUGGCUGACAUGGCCCCUGGGCAGGGCGGAGGACGUCCACGUCCACACCCACAUCCACAUCCACAUCCACAUCCACAUGCAUCUUCACACCCACACUCGCACCCGGCAGGCCUGAGCGUGAGCAGCCUGUACGAGCGCAUGGCGGCUGAGGCGAGGGCCGGGGUGGGGGCUGGCGCUCCGCCUCCUCCCAGAGGACCCCAAGGGGACUACAGCUCCCCCUACGGGCAGCCCACGGGCUCUUUCAGCCUGGCCAAGCUGAAGCAGCUCACGAACACGUUAAUGGACCACCCCCCAAUGCCGUUCGCACACGGACACGGCCAUGGCCACGGCCACAGCACGGGCCCUCCGCACCCCAUUAGCGCCUAUGCAAGCGGAGGGCCUGGGGCUGAGCCUGGGCACGGGCCUGGUGGUGUGGGGGGUGUUGGGGGUGGAGGUCCAGGACCCGGUGGGGGUGGUGGUGGAGGUGGUGGUUCGCAUCUGGUGGUGGGGGGUCAUGGCACGGCUCCUCCUCCGGCUCCCGGUGGUGGUGCUGGUGGUGGUGGACCCGGUGGACCCCCCCAGCCCCACGCGCAUCCCACACCCAACAUCACCCCCCCGCCUCCCUCCAUGAUGCUGCAGAGGAACAUGGCGGCGGUGAUGGGCAUCACGUCGGCUGCAGCUGCGGCCGCGUCGCAGAGGAUCCACCAAGCGCAGGUGGGCAGCGCCGCUGCUGGCGGUGGAGCUGGAGGUGGAGGUGGUGGUGGUGGGAGUAGCAGUGGAGGUAACUCUGCGUCGUCCUCGGCCAGCAAGAGUCAUCACGCGGCCUCCUCCCGCACCAAAUCGACCCCGCUAGCGCACCACCCGCCUCCCCCACCCUCCUCGCACCACCACACGCACACCUCUCACCCUCACGGCCACCCGCACUCUCACCCGCAGCAGCAACAGGUGACCAUGCAGGCGCCCAGCAGUGCCCUGGCCGCGGCCAUGCCGCGUCACCACGUCAACAUGGGCGCCGUCAACGUCAACAUGAACCUCAUGUCCGCCCCGUCCGCCUACAGCGCCGUCAACUCCAUCAACCUCAACGCCAUGAACAUGAACAGCUACCACGCGCACCCCCACCACCCUCACCACCACCGCGUCAGCCAGCAGAUCAUGCCCAACGGCCACGGUUACCACACAAACCACCCGCACCCCCACCCUCACCACCAUCCGCACCCGUCGGCUGCGGCGGUCUACAUGAACCAGUCUCCGCAGUACCCUAUGCAGAUGGGCAUGAUGACUGCCAGCCAGUCGUACGCAGCCGCGGCGCAGCAGGCAGCCCAGCAGGCAGCCGCCGCGCAGGGGCCCGCGUCGCACCACGGCAACGUUAUGUACUCCGCUGCGGCAGCCGCCGCCGCCGGUCACCACGGUUACAUCAACACGGGCAUCGCCAAACAGUCGCUCAAGGGACCUUUCAUGAGGCGGUAGCGAGCGGAAUGCCCACACUGUCAUACGGACGCAAACUCAAACGAAUACACACACACACACACAUACACUCACACUCACACAUCAUUGGCAAUCACUCGUAGUGAGAACGAUUGCCCUCCUGACGGUGGGGUCUGGUCACUUGUGGGUCAUCAAAUGACUGUUGAGGCCAAUCCUCUGAAGUCACACACAUACAGUACACAUACAUGCACAUACAAACAGAUGAAUACAUGUCCAUAAUGGUCUUGAGAUGCACUGCUUUUUGCCUUUCUGUUUGUCUCUUUUUGAGUCGUUAACCCCUUGAAGUUACUGAAAAACCAGCACUUGGUAGGAAUGCAAAAAUUUUAAAUCAAUAAUAAUGAGAGAGAGAAAGAGAGCGCGAGAGAGAGAGGAGAGAGAAAGAGAAAAAAAUCAAGAUUUGCAGAGAUAGAAAGUUAUUUUCACAUUAGAGAAGCAUUUGUGCUAUUUUUUCCAUUCUUUCUUUCUUCUGUAAAGAAAUUGGAAAGCCUUACUUAAUAAACUUAAUAAAAAAUCUAAUAAUGGUAAUAAAAAAGAUGAACAGCCUUUCUGGGGGGCAUGGGACUAGAAGGGGGCUGUGCUGUGUCCUUAUUAACCCCUUACCAUCCGCUCCUUUCCCGAUGUUGCGUCAAUACGAGCUACAUGUCAAGCUGAGCUACCAAGCCAUUAGUACAGUGGAGUUAAGUACAUCAGUGGUUCCCAAACCUUUUCAGCGGGGACCCCCUUUUGGACUGGUUUUCGACACCUCACCUCAUCAUAGUGUCAGCCGAGUAAUGGAUUUCUACUAAUAUUAGCGGACAAUGUUAGUGGACAGUAUUCGCAUAUUUUCCAUUAAUUGUUUGUCCGCUAGUACUGCUAGAAAUCCACAGGCCAGGAAACACAUUAACCAUACAAGCGAAUUCUGUUACUAACUAUAGAAUUAUGUGAGCUGUUAUCUGUUAACCUGCGGAUUUCCCAGUGUUAUACAGCAAAUUCAUUGCGAAAUUUCAACGACCUCAGCUACUUGGUUGCAUUGGUCGUUGCUGAUGUUCACAUACAAUUACCAUUUUAACUAUGUUACCAGCCUUUUGGUAGCUCACCUCGACAAAGUAGACCAUCUCGACAGAGCACCAGCCCUUACCCAAAAACGUACAACCACUUGGCCCCCACACUUCCCAAUCCAAUCCAGCCCAGUGCCGCCCCUUGCCUACCCCAACACUACACACCCUCUUUUACGCUUAGCCCAAAAAAAGCAAUCCAACAAUCCCUUGGAGCCUGUUUCUCGAAAGCAUUAUUGCUAACCAGUUAGCAACUUACUAGGUUUCCAAUGGGAAAUUGCAUUGCCGCUAAUUAAGUUGCCAACUUAGUUGAGAAACUUACCCCUGUCCUCAAUCUUCCCCAAACAAAAACACCCUCUUACCCAUUUUUGCCCUCCCGAAUCCAAUCUCACCCCUCCCUACCCCAACAUGUGCACUCUCUUACCUUUCGCCUACUUGCUCGAAAGUUCCCAAAAAUCUGAACCAGUCCUACAUCAUAACCAAAACACAUCCACCCUCUUAGCCAUGUUGCCCUCCCAAUCCCCCCUCUCAAUUCAAUCCCACCCCCCCUCAGGGGCAGAAGCCGUCUCAAAAUGCAGCUUCCUAGAAGCUGUGUAAUGUGCCUGCUGCGACGGAAUUUAAGCGAGCGAGCGAGUGGACAUCUUGGAGCUUGUUUCCAGCCGACCUGUCAAACAGUGCUGAGAAAACAAGUUUCCCCUUUGUUUGUUUGUACCAUAAUAAACUCUUUUUUGCCUUUGUACAAUUAUUAAUUAAAUUAUUCUUCAGACUUUAUUUUGCAAAAAAAAAGAAGAAGAAAAAAAUAAAGUGAUGACUUUAGCAUGCUCAAAAAGUCUCUAUGUAAGUUGACAGUGCAUUUAAGUAGUACUGUACUUUUAAGUGUCGUGCUUAAUAGCAAGCCAUUUUUAAAAUGUUGGGCCUUCAAGCUAAGUUUUCCUUGAAACAGGGAAAGAAAAAUGAUAACAAAUUAUAUUUUGUUAAUUCUGAUACUGUACAAAAAAAACCUUUCCCCCUUGUAAAUUUGGUCCUUGCUUUUUUUGUUUUGUUUUUAUUUUUCCGUUUUCCUUUUUUCAUUUGUUAUUUUUGUGUGUUAUAAAAAAAGAUUUUAUUGAUAUGUAUUGUAUGUACAAUUCUGAACUCUUUUUGUAACAAAAAUUUCUUCACGGCAGCUUUCUGUUUUAUAAUGCAGAUUGAGGGUAAUCCUGAGUAAUAAACGCAUAUAUUUCAGAGUUUGUACCCAGUUCAAUUCCAAAACAUUUCAAAAAUGUAGACAGAAUAAAACACACACACACAAACACACCGAAAAGUUUAAAAUAUUACUUACAAUAUAGAGACCUAAUUUAGUCCAAAGUUGAUAUUUUACAAAAAUGCCUUGGAAUUUACACUUUCAUUCCAUGUGUAGAUUUGUUUUCUAUCUUUAUUAAAAAAAAAUAAUAAUAAUGAUGUUGGAUUUCUAUUUUACAUAAAUGUGGUGUAGAGCUUGUGAAUAGACCAAACAGAAGCUAACAGACAAUUGCAUGUAUAAAGCGACUUGUACUUUGUGUUUUGUUAAUAUCACUCUUUUUUUCUAGCCUUUGUACCAACGCAGAGUGACUUGGUACCAUGGCAAUGGAGUUGAGGGUUUUUUGGGGGCGGGGCAAUCCUGGUUAUAUGUACAGAUACCGACGCAACGACAAGUCAUGUAUUUAUGAGUUAUCACUUAGUCGAAAUAAAAAGCAAAAUGCUGUACAUUUUAGCAUAAAUAAAUUAUGAUCUACCAUGUA